CAUGGGAAAAGGUCGGAAACAGCAGACAGCAGCGUCUCAUUGCAGCAGUAGGGGGUCAUUCGCACGCCGCUGUGUGAAUACGGGAGCAGGUGUUUUUGAAGGACAGGCAGCUGAGAUAGUCUGACUUCUUCACAAGACAGAUCUUUGGUCUUGAACUGCACCAUCACAGCUAGACAGAACGAAAGCCUGAGAGCAGCUCGCACACUGAGGAGCGAUGUCGUCCCAUCUAGCGUACAGGAUGCUGCCGCUCCUGGCUGUCCUUCUCGGUCUUUCUGGGGAAGUCAAAGCUUUCCCAGCUGACCCCGACAUCACCUUAGCAGAGAGUUUGACACAAGGAGAAUCGACUUUAAACGACAUGUUCAGGGAAGUGGAGGAGCUGAUGAAGGACACGCAACACAAACUGGAGGAGGCGGUGCACCAGAUUGACAACGAGAGCGUUCAAGAUGUGGAUGACUUUCCACCAAAUUACCACAAUGAAAGCAGCACAGACAGUAAGGCUGGGAAUACAUCCUUCCACACUGUUGAGAAAAUUGACAAGGUAACAGAUAGUGAAACGGGAGCCACUUUCUUCUCAAAAACUGUGAUCACAUCAUCCAGCAGUGAAGGAGGGGAAAUUGAGCAUGAAUGCAUCGUUAAUGAAGACUGUGGAGAUGGGAAUUACUGCCAGUCUGGACUGCUGCAGUCUAAGUGCCUGCCUUGCAAGAUCCAGGAUUCAAAUUGCACCAGAGAUGAGGAAUGCUGUGAGGGACACCUGUGUGUCUGGGGCCAGUGUGUGGAAAGAAGCAUUAAAGGAGGGCCAGGUACCAUUUGUGAAUACCAGAGCGACUGCAACAGAGAGCUGUGCUGUGCUUUCUACAAAGCUUUGCUGUUCCCAGUCUGCACUGCAUUGCCUAAAGAGGGGGAGCAUUGCCAUGACCCAUCAAACCCACUGCUGGAUCUCCUGUCCUGGGACCAGGAGCCUGAGGGGCCCCGUGAGUACUGCCCAUGUACCAAUGGGCUCAGCUGCCAGUCUCAUGGAAGCAGCUCCAUCUGUGAAAAACAGAACGAUUCUUCAAAAGAGGAAAAUCUUCCAUUUUUCGAUCAGUUGGCAAAAAGCCUUUCUUGGGAUGACCUCAACUAAAGUGUUGGACCAAACAGAGUCAGUUUAUCUCAGAAUAACCUUCUCUUCUGUAUGUUUAACAGAAACACACGUCGACAGUGAUAGUUUGUGAAUCUCAUUAUUCUGAAAACUAAGAAGCUUCUGUUCUGCACUUAGCACAUUGCCAAUAUUAAAAUACCCAUAAUUCAGCAGGCUUUGUCUACUGUUCUUGUCUUUUCAGGCCUGUGCCUUCAAAAAAAAAAAGCCCAAUAUGUACCAUUAAAAUCUGGGGGAUAAAAAUCAUGAUAUUAAUUAAUUUGCAAUAAAAAUCUACGUAAAGUCAGUUUGCCUUGAAAUGAACCGCAAACCAUAUAUUCAUCUUCCUAUAUGCAACCAGUAGACUUUGAUGGAUAAAAGUGUAAUACAUUGUAUCUUUUUUAAUAAUAUUUAUUUGAGAUAAUUAGGUUAUACCUUUGCUGCUUGGGGUGUAAGGGGUUACUGUGUACAAGCAAUUCCUUUUUGUCAGCACUUUUGAGAGAUUGCAAUAGAAACACAAUGCUUGUUCAUUAUUUGGUGUUAAGUGAAUGUUAAAUGUUCUAGUUAAGAAAACUAAACUUGCUUUCUUCUAUGUUAAAAUAAUUGAAUUGGGGGCAGCUUUAUUUCAUUCCAGCAGUACACUCUGCUUGAGUAUUUAGCUUUAAAAUCACGAUUGCUGUUCUAUUGUAUAGUAACGCAUACAUUUUGCUGUUGUGGUAAUCUUGUGCUUUACGUGAAAUUAAAAUAAUGUGUUCCCGUUUAUGUUGAAGCCAAUAAAAAGAUCACUUUGAAAACCAAA